AUGUUCUCCGAAUAUGCCUCACGCUUCCUUGCCCAGUCACAGUCGAGGGUAGCGUCUCGCCCGGAUGACCUUCAAAGAACCGGCCGUACUCGUCACAAUCAACAACAUCAAGGAAACCCACGACAGCUUUCGUCGCGUACCACCGACGAAUUUCGAGAAGAAGAUGACGAGACAGAACGUGAACGGGAAGUAGCAGAUUUCUACGCCUUACAACAAUCAAGGAGACAUUUUGGUGACAGCAACUUGAAGGAAUCCUCGGAACUUGAUGAUUCUGAACGUUCAGGAGGACUCAAUGAGGGGCAUUCACCCUAUGAUGACCGUCCUGGUAACGGGAAAGGAAUAAAAAGUUCAUGGCGUGGUGAAAAUAGUAUUGCUUCUACUCGCCCUUUUCAGAUUGAGCCCGUCGAAGAGGUAGCAGAGCAUGGCCUUGGGUCUCAAGUUAGCCCCAGCAGUAGCAAGGUCCGAGGCCAUCUGGUUGAUGUUGGUCUCGAGGAUUCUUUACGAGCCGACUUUGACGAGGACCAGGUGCCACGCAGCCCCGGUGGCCGCGAUCCACCCAUCCAACGAUUUAGAGAGCGAGGCUCAACGAAGGACUCUGAGAUCAGACCUCUGGGGCCUGCUGAACAGGCCGGUCUUGUAUCGCAUGAUGUCCCGCGACCAUCCAGCUCGACAGACUCAUUUCCAGCGUCAGUAUCUCCGCUGGUCUCAGAAACCAUCGUCCAUGAUGCAUUUUGGGGUCAGCUAUUCUUGAUAUCUCUUGCUGGACUGUUUGCCUCUGCAUUCCUCGUGUAUCUUCACACAUCUACCCCAUCUGGAGACAAAUCAAAAUGGGGCGAUACAAUAUACAUGACUGUCCAUGGGUCCUUCUUCCUUCUUGGAAUCUAUACUAUCGUUUCUGUUCUUGUCUCUCUUCUCUGGUUGGCCUUGUUGAGAUCUUACGUGCGACUUCUGGUCCACGUGAUCAUCGUUGCUGUUCCGGUCAUCCUAUUCUCAUUUUCCUUUUACCCUUUCAUCUCAAGUUUCAAGGGACCAUGGCUCGGUGCAAGUAUACAAGACAAAGCGAUGAGAUGGGGCUCUGCUGUUCCAUUCUUCAUGGCCACGAUGUGGGUCUACAAUGUUGUCCGCGGCCGUCAAUCUAUCGGGAAGGCGAUUGGUAUCCUUGAAUUUGCUUGUCGAAUUUUGGCUGCCAAUCCGGAGCUACUUGCUCUUGGGUUAGGGGCCAUGGUCUGCGUGGUGUCCUGGACGUGGAUCUGGAUGCUGAUGUUCACUCGCGUCUUUCUAGGCGGUCACGCUGGUCCUCGGUCUUUCAUUAUCGAUUUGAGCAGCUGGUGGCUUGGCGUUUACUUUGUCAUUGUCUAUCUGUGGUCAAUCGGCGUCAUUGCAGGCAUCCAGCGUUCCGUCACGGCCGCAACGGUAAGCCAGUGGUACUUCCACCGCUUGACCACACCUGCACCAACCUCGAGGCAGAUUGUUCAGGCAGCCAUCGUCCAUGCUGUGACCACUCUGUUCGGCACAAUUUCGCUGUCCAGACUUUUGGGGCUAUUGAUUCGUCUUCCGCUUCUAUUGCUACCAGGUCGUAUCUCCUCACUGCUCAGUCUGUUUGCUUAUUCACUUGUUCCCACACCUAUUACUUAUUUGACCAAUCCGCUUUCACUCACCUACGCCGCAAUCCACUCGCAGCCACUUUCUGCAUCAUCACGAGGUUUAAGUCAAAUGACUGUGCUUGCUCCAUCGGCUGGCUCGACUUCUAUACACCCUCGUUCCUAUCCUGCCGGGAGCUCGGCCUCUCUUCUUUCCUAUCGACUUUCCAAGCUGAUUCUUUAUGCUACCCGUUUCAUGAUGUCAUUAGCUCUGGGGUUCGGUGGCUGGGUUACCACUGCUCGGAGCCUGACGACCUCUGCUACCGGCGGCACAAUUCGUGGCAGCCUCUACGCUUAUGUGGUCGGUCUCAUUGCUGGAACGAUUGGAUGGACCAUACUGAGUGCGAUGGAAGGUGUCAUUGCUGAUAUUGUCGACGCGGCCGUGAUUUGCUGGGCCAGUGAGGUUGGCAUUUAUGGCCGAGAGGCCCGGUAUUGCCGUGAGGCUGGUUGGCUCUUUGGCGACUCGCAGUCUCGUUUCGGCCCUGAAUACCAAGAGGUUUAG